UCAGAUUAUUGAUUUCACUUUUGUCUUUAUAUCGGUUUGAGCUGCAGCAGCGUAAAUUUUACAGAUUUUUCGUGUAGAAUUAUUCAGAUUAUAUAUUUGUUGUUUUAAUACCAUAUAUAGAGUAAAAUAGUUUAAAUAUAACAUUUGUAGAAUAUAGAACGAUAAGAUAUUACUAUAAUAUUAACCCGUAUCGUUUUGUAAGCUAGGGGUCCGCCAUGGGCGUUGGUCGUCCAUAUGCGAUAUUUAAAGCUUAUAAGUUUAGGUGCAGAUAAUGUUAAAAUUAAUACAUUUCAAACAUAAAUUUUACUAUUUAGUAAGAUAAUAAUUCUAGUAGAGUGGAAAAUUAGAUUAGUGCGAUUUCAAUACAUCAAAGGUCACAAUAUGCCGCGUAUCGAUCCAUUGCAACUUAUAAAGUGUCUCUCGGUGCUGCUCAGCCCGGAAGGAGGUAUUCAUUCUAGAGACGAGGUACCGAGAUUAGUAAACCUGAUGACUAAGUUUUCAAAGAAAUUAGUAAGCAAGUGCGUCUACGUCCUAAUAUUGAAAAACACCGAAACCAGUUUGGUGGAUAUGUUUAUGGCGGAGGGCGGAUGGACUUUGAUCCAGUCAUGGCUUCAGGACGCGGCCCAGUCAGGGAACUGGGACUUGGUGAAGGAGAUUUUGGAACUUCUAUUAAUAACUCCGGUGGACGUGGAAAGGCUGAAAAUGAACUGUUUACCUAAAUUGAUUAAGAAUCUAUCUCGCCGUGAUGACCUUGACGGCGUUGCGCAUUUGUCAAACCAAAUCGUUCAAAACUGGUUGGUUAUUGUUAAAGGAUCGAGCCAUCCUACACCUGUGCAUUCGAUUCAGGCACAGGAAAAACCCGAUUCAGAGCCGGCAGUGGUAGAGCCUAAAAACGUCGAUGACAGUAAAAUUAAUAAAGAAAUUGUAGAUGCUGUGCCUAAUGACGUUCAGGAAUCUGAUAAAAUGGACGUCGAUAAUCACCAGGCCAUUAAACCCAGUAACUUUUAUAAGGUGUCGGUAAAGGAUGGAAAACAGGUUAUUAAGAAGUUGUCUCUAGAAGCAGACGAGAAACAAACAGCUAAAAAUGAGGAAUUGAAAGAAGAAAUUGAAAAGGAAGAAAAAGUAGCUGAGAAGGAAAAUGACAAGUCGAAGAACAGUUUGUCGUCAUUGAAAAGUAGUAGUAAAUCAAGCUCAAGUAGUAGUAAGGAUAAAGAAAGGGAUAAAAGAAGGUCAUCCUCAAGUCAUUCAAGUAGUAAAAGUAGUAGUAAGUCAUCCAGUAGUUCUAAAGAUAAAGACAGAAAGGAUAGGGACAAGGAUAAAGAUAAACACAGACAUAACGGAUCUUCGCGGUCAAGCAGGAGUAGCAGUAGUAGUAGUAAAGAUAAAAAAGAGUCUAGAGAUAAGAGCAAGGUGAAAGACCCUGUUGAAACGAAAGAGAAACAGGCCGAGAAAGAUAAAGACACGUUGGAAAAGGUGAAACCACCAACCUUGGAUAAACUGGGUAGGAUCCCGAAGAAAUCCAGCAGUUCAGACGAAAAACAGAAAGAAAACAAAUCGAAAGAGGAGAAGAAAAAGCCGUCGUUCUCGAUUCUGAACCGGAAAGCCACCGGGGAAGAACCGCGCUCCAAGACCGUGAAAGUGUUCAAUUCCAAGAUGCGAUCGACGGGUCUGGAAGAAGAAGCGAAGCCCCCGCCGCCGCGGUCAACCAAGAAACCCACCCCCAGUGUCCAGCUGCCCACGAUUCCCCAGAAAAGGCCGUCGCCCCCUAGAGAUCCCCCUUCGGGGAUUCCCCCAGAGAAGAAGCUGAAGAUCGACAAGAUCGACGUGCCCGAGAGGCCGGGCGCUAUCAAACUGAUCCCGCCCAAACCAAAACCACCCGUAUUACAAGAAAGCGACAUGUUUAUGGACGCUCUCAACGCUUCAGCUCCCAAGAAAGAGGCCAAAAAGCGAAAACGAAGACCCAGCGUCACCAAAGAUACACCUACAUCACCCAGUGUCGCUUCAAAUGGCGGAGAUGCCAACACACCUACAUCGCCAACCAGUCCCACAGGUUCUUUGGGUUUGAAAAACAUCGCUCCCAUCAAUUUCUACCAAGAUACGUUAUCCGAAACGUCCGAAAAGAAGGAGGAACAAGACGAGAACAGCGAAAACAAUGAUGAAAAUGCUCAGGAUUCUAAUGAUACUCCUGUAAGUCCUACGACGCCUACUGAUGAGGCUGAAGUGGAUAAAGAAGAAGUUGUUCAAAGACCUCUUCGACCUGAUGGUUUGAGGGGGGUGCUUCUGUAUACGAAGAAGAAGGGUCCUAAGAGGUCGAUCAAAUGGAAAGCUGAGGAAGAUUUGGUCGAAGUACGGUACUUCGAGUUGGAUGAAACUGAAAGAGUUAACGUAACCAAGACGUUUAUGGACAUGGCUAAGAUGGAGAUGAACAGCGAAAGAGAAGCUUUGAUCAUGUCGAGAAAGCUCAGUAACGAGGACGUGAUGGAACCUCAAAUAAUGUGGAGGUUUCCGUAUUUAUGCGACCUACCAGACCCUCUCGCACCACCUGGUUCAAAGAGUUUGGAAAAAGAUAUCCAGUUCGCUAGAGAAAAGACUGUUUUACCUGCUUUAUACUAUGACAAGCGUCGUAUACCUGACAGUCCCGAAGAACCUAUUCCAGAAAACCAUCAAAUGAGCGAUCCGGUUAUUAUACCUUUGGACGACCCAGACAGUCAGGAGGUCGAUUUGAGGAGCACUCCCUGGCCCGAACCCAAAGGUCCAGCACCUCAAAUGGACCCUCCCCAAGCCAUGCCUCCCAUGUUCCAAAACAUGCCUUUCAAUCCGAACUUCCCCAACAUGAACCCUAUGAACCAACCUCCACAGUUUGCCGGGGUCGGAGUUCCACCACCGCGAUUCGGAGGUCCUAUGGGACCCGUACCCGGCAACUUCCCUCCGCCUAACAUGAUGCACGGCAACAUGGUUCCCCCUAUGGGCCAGCAGGACAUGAUGAACCAACCUCCAAUGAACCCCAACAUGUUCGGAGGUCCGGUUCCCGAUGGGUUUAUGGCACCUCCAGGUACAGAUCCUAAUUUCCACAUGCAGCCUCAGUUCAACGGGCCUCAAGGUCCCAACAUGAAUAUGUUCGGUGGACCUAACAAUUUCAACCCUAGAGGUCGCGGUGGAUUUCGUGGUAGGGCUAAUGGCGGAGGCUGGGUGAGAAUGAGCGGUCCAGGAAACUGGAAACGCGGAGGCGGAGGGGGUGGAGGAGGAGGAGGAGGUCGCGGAGGACGGUUGUGCAAAAACAUUCAGAAUCACGGUUAUUGUAGGAACGGUGAUAAUUGUCCCUUCGUGCAUCCGUCGUAGUCGUAGAAGUAAUGUGGAUGGUGAGAAAAAAACUGCUUCAAUUGUGAUACUAGUUUCCUAAAUAGAAUUUUAAUAAGACUGUGAAAUUUAAGAUAUUAAUUAGAUAAGUUACGAAUAGUCGGUGUUUAAAAGUGCUUUUACUGGGUACAACGAGUGUACUGAACGAUCGCGGUUUUAAGUGUUAAACGAAACAUAGACGUGGACACUAUGGUGCCGAGUUGAUUGAAGACAGCACUGCUUAUCUCUUGGUCCAAAUCACUGUUUGUUUUAUGAUGUAAGCUAGAUUUUUAUUACUGCCAGACAGACUGUUAUGAUAAUAAUGACAUGCAAUAAAAUAUGCUAAACAUUAUGAAAAAAAUAUUCUCAGGAAAAUAAUGAAGUUAUCGCAUAUUUGUUUCGAUAUUCUCUUGAUAAACUAUUUUUUUUAUUAAAAGAUUUUACCAGAACACAAAAAUACUAUUUUUUUCUAGUUUAGGUACUUCUGAGAAAAAAAAAUUCUAAAAAUUGUUUAAUAUGAUUAUUAUUUUCAAUGGGUAAUUCAAAAUUGAUAUUUCUCAAUAUAUGUAUUGCAAUAAUUGCUAAAAUAUUGCAUUCUAAAACAAUCAGCGAUUUUACCAGGAAAUAAGCAUUUAAAAACUUGCUUCAGUAUUUUUUUUAAUAAACUUUACAACUAUAUUUUAACAAUAAUUAUUGACCUCUAUUAUUUCUGAAAAUUAUGAUUAAAAACAUAACAUGAUUAUUAGGAUCAAAAAGUUUUAUGAUCACGUUAGCUUUGACUUUGAUAGUUAAAAAAUUCUAAUGUAGGUUUUGUUUAUAUAUCAUAACAUACAUAGCACGUUUGGUUAUAAAACUUUUUGAUAAUAUUGUACCUGUUGAACGAUUUUUUAAUUUAUUGACUAAUAUUACCUAAGGAAUACAGGAAAUAAAAGAGGCAAAUAAAAAUAAUGUUAAUAAUUGAUGCUUAAAUUCAAUGAUAUUUCUAUAAAUAAACGGCAAUGAACAAGAAUUAUUGUUAAUCAAAUUCUUUUGUGAUAAUAGUAUAAACGUUGUACAUGAUUUUUUUUGUAUAUUUGCAAAACAUUAAUAUUUAUUUUGGCAACUACGUAUAUAAGUUUUAAAUAUGUAUAGGGUGUUUUUAGAGCCGUGUUGAGUUCGAAGGGGAUUUUAUUCUAUCUGGGACUUGUAAAUGUAAAUAACUUUAUUUAAGCGAUCUGAGUAAUGUAAAUAGGUGUACAUAAUCACUUUAUUUUGAGUAUUUUUCGCCCAAUUUGUUUUUUUAUAAGUUGUUUAAAUAAAAAUAAUAUAC